AUGGCUGGCUUCACUCAACUCGCACUCUUCUGCGUUGCGGCUAUGCUAACUGCUUCGCCAUUCACGGUGGCGCUGCCAUCGACCAAGAGUAGUGGUGAUCCCCUGACCGCUGCUCAAGAGUUUGUUGUCGACGCUGCCACGGCUACAGACCAGAUAACAUUCUCGCAUUGCACUCCGGCCCAGGAGCGGACCAUCAGCGACGCCAUUCCAAUUGCUCAACGCUGGGCCCUCGAGGCGGUGACGUACCUCAACAACAUCGAUGGGAAUGGCACGGUAGCCACCGACGCUAGGUACAAGAUAUGGUUUGGCGAGUACACGCCAGCGCGGUUCAAAAAUGUGAUGAUCCGUGCGGCUGCACUCCGGACGGCUCAUUUUGACCACUGGACGUACGAAUGCACCCCGGACUGCGGGCUGAUGUCGGCACUGACGCACGCGUUCGUCCUUCGCGCGACCCCGUCCACCGUCAAUCUAUGCCCGCUCUUCUGGAAGUAUGACGCCGACGAAAGGGCGGCGACACUGAUCCACGAGGCGAGCCACUUCAGCCCGGCGUGGGGCGAGGUUGGGACGAAUGCGUAUACAUGGGAGUUCUACGGCGCGCGGCUCGCACGCGUUCUGGCGCAUACAUCCCCCGAUCGAGCUAUUGUAAACGCGGAGAACUACGCCUUCUUCGCGAGGUAUAGAGUUGGAUGUGAGGCACCCGGGAGCUGUGCAAUCCUGUGA